UUAACGAGGUCGGAGCGGAGACGCAAACAGAGGCAGCCGGUUUGCUGGCUCUGCUCUUGACUGUAUAAUAAAUAAGACAAGCAAUAGCAGCUGAGCGGCUUGCAUGCCAGUCCGUUUGUAAUCCUCAUCAUUCAUCGCAUAGCCGCCAACAAAUAAUAAUAAUAUAAAUAGCAAGUCAUUUAUUUAUCUAUUUUUGGAGGACAUCGUGUUGUUGUAUUUCUACGGGGGUCGGUCGCCCUCUUCCUAAUCUCGGGAUCCCGAAUGGAAGCGGCGGCGGCGGAGGGAUCGGCGAGCCCGGCCGAGGCCGGGGAAGCGAGCCCCUCAGCCGGGGCAGUGGCGUUUGAUGACACGGAAACCGUUAUCUUUGCGAUGGAUACCUGGGAGACAGACGCUGCUGGUAAAAAGGCAUUCAUUACCGAGAUGUCAUCCUCUUCAGGCCAGCUGGGGUCCGCCCCCGGAAAAAAGAUCGGCCAUCGCGGAGUUGACGCGUCGGGGGAGACCACCUACAAAAAGACCACCUCUUCUGCUCUUAAAGGAGCCAUUCAGCUGGGGAUUGGCUACACUGUGGGGAACCUCAGCUCCAAACCAGAGAGAGAUGUGCUCAUGCAGGACUUCUAUGUUGUCGAAAGCAUUUUCUUUCCCAGUGAAGGCAGCAAUCUGACGCCAGCGCAUCACUUCCCAGACUUCCGCUUCAAGACCUACGCUCCCGUCGCCUUCCGCUACUUCAGAGAGCUGUUCGGGAUCCGGCCCGACGACUAUCUGGUAACUGGACUCGUCGCCCGUCCGUGAAGCGUGCAGUGAAUGCAGCGCGUGGGUGUACACUGGAUAGAAAAACAAAACAAACAAAAAAAUUCUCAUUGGGCUCAUUUGGCAGGAGAAAUACUUACUAAGACUGGUUUUAAAUUGAUAUGUUCUAAAAUAUCUUUUGUGUUUUUAUAAAUAAUACACACUGCCAUACAUUGAUCUUAAUUGAUCCUAUUUGUUACUUAACAGGGUUUGAAGAAAGACUCCC